CAGCUCGUCACGGGAACAGAUCACAUACGGUGCAGUGCGUUAAUAGAUCCUGGCGGCGAGUGUUUUCAACCACUUCUAACUAGCAAAGAUAUUGUUGCUUCGCAGGAGCUGUCAAACGCCAGCCUCCACGGGGAUGGUCAUUCUCUGGCAAUCCGUGCUCCUGGUUAUCUGCUGAGCGUCGAUCAACUGCAGAGCUGCUAACAUCGAACGAGGAUCAACCAUGACGGUCGUCGUAGAGCGGAAGGCCGAUGGCGGUGGUGGUGGUGGUUUGAAGCGUGAGAUGGGUCUCAUGUCGGCCAUCAAUGUCAUCAUCAGUGUUAUGAUCGGUUCCGGCAUUUUCGUUUCACCUACGGCUGCCCUUAAGUACUCCGGUAGUGUUGGCUUCUGUCUGGUAGUGUGGACGAUCUGUGGAGGAAUCUCUCUACUCGGCGCCCUUUGCUUUGCCGAGCUAGGCACGGUUGUGCCGCGAUCCGGGGCCGAGUACGCUUAUUUGAUCGAGGCUUUCAAAAAGUCACACUCCUUCUGGGGCCCUCUUCCGUCGUUCAUCUGCGCCUGGGUGUACGUGAUGAUUCUGCGACCAGCCGAGAUUGCCGUUAUCAUUCUAACGUUCGCCGAGUACUCGAUACUGCCCAUGCGCCAGCUUCUCGGUAUCGAGAAUCUACCGGCCGAGGAUCUCCAUCUGCUGGUCAAACUCAUCGGAAUCUUAGGAUUAGGCAUUAUCACCUACAUCAAUCUCAGCAGCGUGAAGCUGUACGUGACGAUUAACAACGUGUUUGGUUUCUGUAAGGUGUUUGCCUGUUUGGUAGUAAUCUUCGGCGGCAUCUAUCAGCUCGCAAUCGGAAACACUGAGAACCUAGCAGGUGGAUUCGAGGGAACCCAUACUAGCCCCGGUUACAUUGCACUUGCCUUCUACAACGGGCUAUGGGCGUACGAUGGUUGGUCAAGUGUGACCACCAUCACGGAGGAAAUCAAGAAACCGGAAGUAAACAUUCCACGAUCGAUCAUCAUCGCAGUCCCAGUCAUUACGGGACUUUACGUUUUCAUGAACCUGGCUUACAUGACGGUACUACCGAUCGACGAUAUGAUCAAUUCGGAAGCUGUGGGUAUCGAUUUCGGGGAGCGUGCUCUCGGAUGGUUCUCGUUCAUCAUACCGGUUGGCGUGGCGUUGGCCACUUUCGGUUGCGCUCUCAGCAUCCAGUUCGGUGUGACCCGCCUAUGCUACGUGGCCAGCCAGGAAGGACAAAUGCUGGAACCACUGUCCUACAUCCACGUCCGUCGUUCCACACCUGCUCCAGCCGUCGCCAUGCAGGGUGUGCUGGCACUCGCCUUCAUUCUGGUCGGCAACAUUGAAACCCUGAUCGAAUUCGCUUCAUUUCUGAUCUGGUUCUUCUACGGAUCGGCCGUUGUUGCGUUGCUGGCGUUGCGCCGAACGCAACCUACGGUCCACCGGCCUUACAAGGUGCCUCUGAUCGUACCUUUCAUUACACUAGCCGUUUCCGUCUUCCUUUCGGUCGUUCCGGUUGUCACCGAUCCUUCGCCCAAGUAUCUAUUUGCACUGGGUUUCAUUCUUAGCGGCGUACUGGUGUACACACCUUUCGUUUAUUACAAAAUACGACCAAAAUGGAUCAACAAACUCACCUACGUCAUCCAAGUACUCUUUGAAGUUGCGCCGGCUUCCAGCAAAUUAGACUAAUUCGAACACGUGGAGGCUGCUACUACCUAUUAUAAUAAAAUGUUUUCCAUUUUUUACCGUUCUCUCA